AUGACCGUGACAGGCCAAGUCAAGACGUUGACAAUCACACCUACAGGACCACCGGCUCCUACACAAACCAUUGUGGACACCAAACAGGCUGAGAACAGCGGUGGGUUUUUCUCAAGCCCUGGGAAAGUUGCCGGUACUUUCGUGGCAGUAGCGCUCAUUAUAGUCGCCGCUCUAAUAUGUCUCCUGUUCCUCCUAUUGAGGCGCAGGAGAAGACAGCAGCAGCAAGAGAAAUUACCCUCUACAGCAGGGUCAGGCACACCACAGCGGCGGCCAAGCAGAAUGAGUCAAAUGGGUUUGAUAGCAGCCGCUGGCUCAGGCUCUCAACGAGAGAAAAGGGAACCGCCUACGAUACAGACCACGGGCUGGGGACCGGGCAACAGUGCCGAAAGAAGUCCGGCAGACACGCUGGACAAGAGGAGCAGUUACCCGCGAUUUGUCGACCAACGGCUGGAGCCAACAGCUGUAUGGAAUCCUUUGCAUGAUAAUGGCAGCCACGUCAGUAUUAGGAGCUUCCGGGACGACCAAGAUUACUCGAGACGCAUGUUGCGGAUUGCAAAUCCAGAUCAAUGA